GCAGCAGCAGCAGCAGUGAGUGUCUCCUGCAGCAGCUUCAGCAGCAGCAACAACAACAGCAGCAGCACCUGUCGUUUUUUCUUUUUCUGGACGAGUAAAACAAGAGAUUCUAGGAAACAAUUCACAGCCAAAACACGGCGGGAGUCCGUGAAUACCGAUGGCUCCAUGUGUAGAGAUUUUGCGCCUCUGAAAAUUACGCAUCGAGCCCUUGAUGCUGAAGUGUGGUGACGCUGAGGGGAGCAAUUUCAGUGCAUCCCUGUGAACACACACACCCAGACACACACACAUAUUGUGGAGCCUUUUGGAUACAAGCUCUUCACAGGACACAAUGAGAGGCUACCUGCUGACUGCAAUCUUUCUGCUGCCCCUGGUGGCCUCAGAGUCCGAGCACUGUAUAAUCAAGCGUGAACAUGAGAAAUGCAUGGAGAGUAUCAUUCUGCACAAUCCCAGCGAUGACCUUGAAUUAGCGUGUCCGUGGAUGUGGGAUAACCUGACCUGCUGGCAGGGUGCCAACAUUGGUGAAGUUGUGGUGGUCAACUGUCCAGAGCUCUUCCACGACUUCAUGGACCCUGAGGACGAGAUGGGGAGGGUCAGUCGUAACUGCACCGAGGAAGGCUGGUCUGAACCUUUCCCUCACUAUGUGGAAGUCUGCUUCUUCUAUGACAACAACACCGCUAAACCUGACAUGUUCUACGCCUCAGUCAAGGCCCUGUACACAGUCGGCUACAGCACGUCGCUGGUGUCUCUGACUACCGCUAUGGUCAUUCUCUGCAGGUUCAGGAAGCUCCACUGCACCAGGAACUUCAUCCACAUGAACCUGUUUGUGUCCUUCAUCCUGAGAGCCAUCUCAGUCUUCAUCAAGGACGGCGUGCUGUACGCUCAGGAGGACAGCGACCACUGCUUCGUACACACAGUGGCGUGUAAAGCAGUGAUGAUCUUCUUCCAUUACUGUGUCAUGUCCAACUACUUCUGGCUGUUCAUUGAAGGUCUGUAUCUCUUCACUCUGCUGGUGGAGACUUUCUUUCCUGAGAGACGCUACUUCUACUGGUACACCAUUGUCGGAUGGGGAACUCCCACCAUCUGCGUGACUGUCUGGGCUGUGCUGAGGCUCCACUUUCAUGACACUGGAUGCUGGGAUACAAAUGAGAACACUGCCCUCUGGUGGGUGAUCAAAGGACCAGUUGUGGCUUCCAUUAUGAUCAAUUUUGUCCUCUUCGUUGGGAUAAUCAUCAUCCUGGUGCAGAAGCUGCAAUCCCCGGACAUCGGAGGGAACGAAUCAAGCAUUUACCUCAGCUGUGCUCAGAAAUGCUUCAGUGAGCCCACACAGGCUGUUCAGCAUUCGUGCAGGAUGUCAGAGUUAUCCACCAUCACACUGCGUCUGGCGCGCUCCACCCUCCUGCUCAUCCCUCUGUUCGGUAUUCACUACACCGUGUUCGCCUUCUCACCUGAAGAUGUCAGCAAGAGGGAGAGACUGGUCUUUGAACUGGGACUGGGAUCCUUCCAGGGUUUUGUCGUAGCGGUCCUCUACUGUUUCCUCAAUGGAGAGUUUCUCCCUGAAGGUGCAGUCGGAGAUCAAGAGGAAAUGGCGCAGCUGGACGGUGAACCGGUACUUUGCUGUGGACCUGAAGCAACAAAGGCACCCUUCGUUGGCGAGCAGCGGAGUGAACGGCGGGACUCAGCUGUCGAUCCUCAGCAAGAGCAGCUCCCAGAUACGCAUGUCCAGCCCGCUGGCGGAGAACGCCAACAUCAGCCUCCCGACCUGAGCGUCUGAUUGGCAGGAGUCAACUUCCAGGUGCCGUUCCACUUAUGUACAUCCAGACCAACCAGAGCAGACCAAAGUGGCCCCUCGUACCUCUUUACAUUUUCUAGUCUGGCCUUUUGAAAAUGAGGUAUUUCUGACAGCAUUUACUGGAGAUUCAUUAGAGGUGCAUAGCUGACUUUCAUACUUUAUCAUUUACUUAAGGAUAUAAUUGAAUUUAUUUGAGUAUUUGACUCUGUAGAUUAUGAUCUUUUCUGAUUAAUGACACACUUGAUAUUUUAACAGACUAAUUCCACUCCAUAUAUUAAAACAAAGAGAUAUUAGAAAUCCCCUUGCUACAAAUGGUUUUAUUUUAAAUUUAGCCCCGGUUAUUGUGUCAUGUAUAAAUAAUAUUAAUGUAGAGUUGGUGCCAAAAAACAGUACUAGUUGUAAAAAAGAAAACAGUAGUUAAACAUCAAAUGUAGGGGUCAUAUUUGGCUGUUGGUGUGUAAAGUAAAUGUGCUUCAAAGUGCCAUGCAGGUUGCCUGACUGGAUCCGAUCUCACAACAGUCCAAAGUGACAUAACAACCAAACGUUCACCUCGCUUGUACAAACGCUCAUUGUUUAAAUGUUUCAUCCUAAACAUUUUUCUACAAUCAGCCGUUAAGUACAGAGUAUGUCAAAAAAUAUAUUGAGAAAAAAAACAACAACAACUAAUGGACUUUGUAAAUAGUUACUUUUGGUGUCGAGAUCAGAAUUUCUUUCUUUUGCAUAACGCAGUAUUGUAAUGACCUUUUCAAACAAAAGGAACUGGAGCCCAAAUCUGUAGACUUCAUCACAUAUCCUGAGGACCCAAAAGAUCCUGCCCACUAUAUUCUGAACUAUUUAUUUGUAUUGAAUAAAACCACACUCAGUAUUAUGAAAGAACAUAGUGCCAAAAUGAAUGAGUACUGUAGUGCAGUGGUUCCCAACCUGAAGGUCACAAGAUGAAUCUGAGGGUUCGUGAAAUGUCAAGAUAGGAAAGAGGAGCAACGGUCUUUCUGCUCCAUUAAAUUAUGUUUUUUUUAAGGCACAUUUUUAUAUUAUUAUUUGUAUUAUUUUAUUUAUUUUACUUUAUUUAUUUUUUUGUGUAAAACACCAUAUUCAGUAGAUUCACGUCUUCAGGCUUCUAAAAUAGUCAAAUUAAACCAUCUGAGAAGGUAAAAUCACGCUUUGCUUGGAAGUGCUCACAGAUCGUAGAAAUGUUGACUUUGUAUUGUUUUAAAGGCAAAAAGGUUGGGAACCACUGCUGUAGAGGAUAUCACAGUACAUGAGGGGAUACAGCAUUUGAUUAAAAAAAAAAAAACACUCUGAACUGAUUUAUCCUCACAGCUAGUGUUAGUAGUUUCCUCCAGUUGAUUUCUCUUUCACAGACUUGUCAGUCACGUUCUUGCAGACUGUGAACAUAAGCGGUACAUGUGCCAUUUAGUGGAUGCUUUCAUCCAAAAGCUCCUCAUAUAGUGCCAUGAGUUCAGCAUUUUAUCAACGAGAAUCAAACCCUCAAUAUGCUCUUAAAGAUAACAGGACUCUUUGUCCUCUUUUCGCCGGGCUUCAACCCAUCGUGCCAUAUUAAAUUGCUCUUCAUUUUAACAUUUUCUUUGAAUGAAUUAUCUCCUACACUCAUAUUCCAAAGUGCCUAGUCAGUCACAAAUAGCUAUCACUUUUAUUUCCAGUACAAUGAACAGAUAUCUUAAAGUCAUAAUCAUUUCCUGCAAAGAAUGUACAGUGUUUUUAUUGUGGAGCAAAGUUAUGAUUUUUUUUUUAUCAUUGUGUGCUACUAAAAAAAAUGUUUUGCUCAUUUAUUGGUGCAAUUCUUCAAGUGAAUAUAGUCCUGCUGUGUUUUUUUUUUUCCUUCUUUUUAAUCAUGAUGAGUUUGACAAGACUUGAGUAAUAGCUCUACAAAACAGCUGCUUUAUUAAGCCUCCUGGUUACAACCAUCAUCUAUUCAAGAUAAGUCUCAAUUCAGCACCGUCAAACACAUAAACAGCUUCAAAACAAUAUAUGUUUUAACAGUCAACACAAAAUGCUUUAAUGUGACAGCUCUUGACAAUCGCGGAGUGUUGCCCAUUUUCUCUUUCUGUCUUUUUUUGUUUGUGCACAAACUAAGCAAACAAACAAUAACAGUCCAGGCGGGGAAAUCAUUUAAUACAAUGUGAAACAAUAUGUACAGAAGGAUUUUAUCCACAGUGUUUACUCAAGAUAUUUAUUUUUUUGUACUCUCAUCUUUGUGGAUUAAAAGAAUGUAGUAUCUUUAAACAAUGAAUUGAACAGAAAAGGAUGUAUAUUUAUUUUCCAUAAACCAGUGCCAUGUGAAAUGACUCAAUGUACAGUAUACAUGCUUUCUUAUGUGUCGGUUAGUUGUAUGCCUGAUAUCAUUGCAUUGAUUGAUAUUGACUCUCUUGGUCUAAGUGCCAUAACUGGUGAAAUGUUUGGCACAAUCUCUGCUCUAAUUUUAAAGAAAACAAAAAAACACUCACAGGAAAUUGCUGUCCAAAGCUACAGAGGAUAUUGUGAGAGAUAAAAACAAACUCUAAAAAGCAAGAUAAAACAUACUACUGAAGAGAUGCAUCCUGUUCCAUGCAUCUGCUUGGCUGCUUUUGGGCACAACAGUGUGUGACAAGAUACUAUCAAGGGAACUAGAGCCAGAGGAAGAGAAAAAAAAAAUGUUUUUUUAAUUAGGAAGGCGUUAGAAGGUGGAACAACUGCGACAGAUAAAACACAAAGUGUGUACGAGGGUGUGAUUUAAAAACCACUCUGCUGCUGCUUACGUGUUCUAUCACCAGCCGUCACUCUGAGUCUGAAUCAGCUCAGAUGGAAACGACCAUGUCUCAAAGCUGUUACUGUCUGUGAAAAGAAGAGUAGAAAACUCCUUACUUGACCAUGUCUAUGCUGUAUAUUUGUUUACCACAAGGUGGCAGCAAAGUGUUAGUGUUUUAGUUUGGGGGGAAGUUUGAGUGGUGUUAAUUUGCUUUUUGAGCCUUGUACUUUUGGAUGACAUAGGGGUAGUGUGGGGCAUUGAGGUACUUGAAUGCCACAUGCUUUACAUUGUUCACAUAUACGAUUUGUGAUUUUUUUUCUUUACACAAAUCAACAAACAAGCCUACAAAUGAGAUUUUUUUAAAUGAGGCCUGAUGUGCCCCUUCUCAAUCACAAAAUUUCCUUCCAGCUCUCUUUAAUUUUAAAGCAAACUGUGAACUAUCAGUAAACAAAACUUUCUGAGAUGUGAGGAAAUAUUGAGAAUUGGGGGCACCUCUUAGUGCUAUAAUAAAGUCAGGCUGUGGGAUGUAAUUAUGGCGAAAGCUGACACCUCUCUCCACACACACCUCUUCUUACAGUUAGUUUAGUGUUACGGUAAUACAUUUGUGUCAAAGAAAAACCCUUGACAAGUUUUCUGAAAGCAGUAGUCUGACAUUUUCGGAAAUCGGUUUAUUCACUUUCUCGCUAAGGGUUUGGUGAGAGGAUUGAUACCACUUUCAUGUCUGGACGCUUAA